UUUUUCUGAAUAGUUGAGGGCAAGGUGUGAGAUAAGCCGCCAUGGAAUACUCGUACCAGAACUACUCCCCCUACAAGACAGAUGAACCCUAUGGUUCUGCAACAAGAAGGCCCUUUGUUCCUUUUGUUCCCAACUCCAACCGUGACCCAGAAGGCUAUGUGAGUAGGAAAACAGUCGUACCAGUGGCUACCAGACCAUAUGGUGAUGACUACUACACACAUGGCUCUCCAACCAAAGGUCACUCCAUCAGAGACGAUGAUGAUUAUUUACAAAAGCAGAAAGUCGACGAGUUCCUGAUCCACGUCCAUAAUGAAGGUAGCCGACCCUCUGCACAUGGAAGUCCCGUUCGAAACGACAACUAUUACAGGCACGGUGGUGGCUAUGGCAACUAUGAUGGCUACAACGACGGCGGACGCCGCAAGCCAAUCGGAAGCUACCCUCCAAACGACAGCUACGAUAGGUAUCAGCCUGCAGACGCCUACAGUUCCUACGAACCACACAGAAACUCUGCCAAUGGGUGGUCCAGGCCUCCUUCAGGUUGGACUCCACCACCCAGAAACGGGACCCAACUGAGUGAGCCAACCAGUGAUAUCGGAAAAGCCCUGGGGUUAUUGAAGGAAGCUGCAAAGGUGUCAUCCCCCGCCUAUGGUGACUACGGCAACAGAGGAAGGCCAAAGGACGAGAGCUACUACGGGUCGGACAGGCCAAACCCGUCAAUAUGGGCUGAGCCACCCGGUAACGGCGGUUCUCAUAAUCGCGAGCCGAGUAAAGUGGGAAAGGCGAGGGAGCUGGUGAAGGAAGCUGACAGGCUGAAGUCUCUGAAGAAUAAGCUUCUGGGUGAGCCAAAAAAGCAGCACAAGGAUGACUACCACUACAGAGAGCCCGUGGACACCACAGACCAUGCAAGGCGGUGGGAGGAUCAAAGGCGCUAUGGAAACAACAUCGACAACUGGCAGGCUCAGAGGAAGUACAACGGGGCCAGCAUCUGAUAAUCAAUUCCAUGCAGAUAUGAGUUUAUUAGUUAAUUACUACUAGCCAACAAAUACUAUUGCGUGCCAGUCUAAUCUUCCAGGUCGGAUCCUCUUAAUUCGAAUAAGUGGUCUAAUAUUUCUUGUGUACGUGUAAUGACCCAAAUCUCUAGUCUCUUACAUUUGGAGUGUUACAUUCAGAUACACCACAUACGCACACAGGAAUUCCUCUGUGUGGUUGUCUUUUAGGCUUAUCUCUUAGUCUGUAUCUGGUGAUUUCUUUAGGUUUUGUCACCGUUGGUGCAUGAAACCAACUGAGGUGACAGAGGAUAGCUGCAUCAACUAUGAACAAGAGCCAGCCUCUUACGUCAGUGAUUCUAUAAGACGGUGAUGAGUAUGGCCAUUUAAAUAAAUCAAUUAUUAUAGUAUGUCAAAACAUCUAUACUAUCUUCUUUACCUA